GCAAUACGGAAGCAAGUCAAAGUCCAAGUCGGAGUUGAGCCAAAGAUGAAAUCAACAGCGAGAAAUUGCCAGUCAUAAAAAAAAAGGGAACGGAAAAGUGCUUCCAGCCAUAAACCAAUCUCCACCAACUGUGGCAACCAAUAAGCUACGACGAACCACCAUGGCCACCGCCAGCAGUAGCAGCAGCAGCAUUCCCGCCCGGAACGGUGGCUUCUGUGGUGCACUGCAGCGGGCCCCACCGCCCAUGCCCGCCUCCCUCAGCCGCCGGCUGAGCAGCCGCGAGUGCUAUGGCGUGGGCAAGGUAAAGGUCAUGCUGCGAGUGGCAGAGCGGGACAGGAACUCGAGCGGAUCUGGAGAGCCCGAGUACAUGGCGCUGGACAAGAAGAAGCGACAGGUGACGCUCACUGAUCCCAGGAAUGUGGUGUGUCCGCCGCCGCAGGCUGCCCAGGAACGGGCGCCCAUGGUGGCAGCACCCAAAAUGUUUGCAUUCGAUAAUCUCUUCACCGCCGAGGAUAAGCAGUCGGAUGUGUGUGCAUCGGCGUUGAGCGAAGUGAUACCCGCCGUGCUCGAAGGCUCCGAUGGUUGCCUGCUAGCCAUGGGAUAUCCAGGCACUGGACAGCCCCAAACGGUGCUGGGCGAGGUGGGCAGCCCUGGCAGCAGCAGUGGGGGAAUGUGCUCCCUGGGAGCGGCCCCCUGUGCCAUCGCCUGGCUGUACAAGGGCAUCCAGGAGCGGCGGCAAAAGAGCGGAGCACGGUUCUCGGUGCGUGUGAGCGCCGUGGGCGUUAGUGCCACCAAACCGGAUGCCCUCUCGCAGGACUUGCUCAUCUCGCAUGCAGCCGAAUCUGACGACUCCCCGGGGAUUUAUUUGCGUGACGACUUCCUUGGCGGUCCAACGGAACUACGUGCACCCACCGCCGAGCGUGCGGCGUUGUUCCUCGACUCGGCACUGGCCGGACGCUUAAAAAGUUCCGGUUCCACGGGAUCCGGGUGUACUUCUUCUACGCCAGCGGGAUGUGGUGGAUAUGCUGCCCCCUUGGAGUCCGCCCUCAUCUUUACGCUGCACGUCUACCAGUACAGCCUGUCCCGUAAGGGCGGUGUGGCUGGCGGUCGGAGCCGUUUACAUAUCAUCGACCUAGGCGGGUGUGCGAAUCGCAGCGGGGGGCUGCCGCUGUCGGGGAUCGGGAACAUACUGCUGGCGAUACUAUCCGGCCAGCGGCAUCCCCCACACAAGGACCACCCGCUGACGCCGCUGCUCAAGGACUGCCUGGCGCCCAUCACCUGCCAUGUGGCCAUCGUGGCACAUGUGCGGCCGGAGCAAAGCUACCAGGACGCCCUAUCCACCAUUCAAAUUGCGUCGAGAAUUCAUCGCUUGCGUCGCAGGAAGCACCGUGUCCCCAUGCCCCUGGCUGUGGGAUUGGCCCAGGGUCUGGGCGGUGGUUCUUCUGCGGGCUCAGGAGCGGAUCCCUCAAGCUCGGAAAUCUCAGCCGACACUGUCAUCUAUAUGGGGCCCAAUGACGAUGCCACGGAUGGUGAGCAUCCGCCCGUAUAUCUGCCAUCGCUGAGUGCCGGCGACAAUCGGGCGGUGAUGAGCAAAGCCCUAAAGGGUAGCGGCAUGGAGAAGCCCCCCUCGAAGUCGGCCACCAAUAGUCCCAUGAUGAUGAAGAAGGCCAUGGCAGUGGAGAAAGCUAAAAAACUUCCAGGAAGCAAUACGGGCAGCCUGAAGCGUCAAGCAGGAGCAGGAGCCUGCUCUUCUCCAUUGAUUCCCCACGAGCAGCCACAGUUACAGCAGCAGCAGGUCGUCAUGGGUUCACCCAUUCCGAUACCCAGGCACAUGGUGUCCAAGGGAUCGAUGGUACCCUCCCCCAAAGGCUCACCGCUGCGCAGAGGAGGUGCCCAUCCCGGAGCUGCUCUGGAACAACUGGAGGCUGGAAUGCGAAAGAUCACCGAGGAGCAGUGGAUUGAUGGUCCACGAGUUUCCCGGGCCAAAGUGGCCGAAGCUCGCCAUCUAAUGCGCGAGGUUAAUCAUGUGAAACAGUGCGAGACCUGGGUGGAUGGACCCAAGUCUCAGUCCUGCCGAUCCCUCACAGCCGGCAACCUGCCAGCUGCGGGUGCAAGUCAAACGCAGGGCUAUGGCUUCAUGGAUGCCCACAAAAAGACCAUGAUUCGGCAAUGGGUAGAGAAUCAGACAUCGCAAGUCUUCCAAAGCACCGUCUCCGCCAGCAACUCACCCACAGCCCUGCACUGGAAGCUGUCGCAGUUGAAGCAGAAAUCCUUGGAUCUUCCCGACAGACCUGCCUUUCAGACAGAACCCUCUUCCUUGGAUCUCAAUCAGCCGUGCUUUGAGAGUCUUCCCCUGCUGGAUCCUGCUCCACCGGAUGGCGAUGAGGAUGAGGACAGUGGUCCCUCGGAGGUUCCGCCUGCUCUUCCAUUACUGGAUGAUCCCCUGGGUUCCAGGGAUAUCUCCCAGGAUAACCUGCAACGAAUGCUGUCGCGGCAUGUGUCCAGAGAACAGCUCCAUGAGGCAGAAUUUGUGGCCAGUAGAGCCUCUUCCUCGCAUCAUCCCUCGCAAAGGAGUAUCGAUUGCGGUCAGCAGGUUACAGAGGAGGAGAUAGCCAGGACUAUGGCCAGAGAUCGAGACCAGGAGCUUGGGGCACAUCCUCUGGCUGCUCUGAGUCAUUGCGAUAACUUGUCCUUUGUGUCUAGCUUCAACAUGGCCUGCGAAUCCUUUAGCGAGUGCGGCGAGAGAGCUAGACACCAAUUCGAUCAGCUGGCCCGCCUCCACGAGAUCUUCACCUCACAACUGGCCAUGGCCGAGGUCACCCCCUCAGCCGCCCUUUUUCGAACGGAUGUGGGCAGUGUUUUCAGUGAACCCGUCUACCACUUUAAUGUGGGCCAAAGCAGCGUUUGCAGUGAACCGGCCUACAGACUGACACCCAGUCCCCCAAAGCAACCAUCGCACAGCCCCAGCCAAGGAUCCCUGCCCAGCCUCAAUGGCAUCAUGGAGAUAGCCGGCAUGGAUGACUAUGCACUGCUCCGGCAGCCCGAUGGAGCUUCGGAUCCGAAUCUGCAAAAGGGUGAGAAGAGAUUUACACCGCAGCACGAUGAUAUAUGUGAGUUGGAUGAGAAAUCUAUGGCGGCGGCGGUGAACAAGCGAAAUUCUCUUGAGGAUGCCCAACACAAGCUGAACGAAAUCACGAAUAUACUCCCCCUGGCCGCCCAAUCGCGUCUUCCCCUGCUGCCCUUGAAUACCAGUUCCGAGGCCUAUGACAGUGGUCAUGACUCCAAUUCCACACCCAGAACUUCCAAACAUUCUGGGAUUUCAAGAAGAGCCGAGAGUGGUUAUCAUAGUGUGGCCACUGUAAGGGAUUCGGAUGAGAGUAGCUUCGCAUCCGGCAUGUCCAAGGGUCAGAGGCAUCGCAUAACGAUCUCUGGUUCGGGGGCAGUAACAACAGCCUCGGGCAAUGGCCAUUACCAGCGGCACAGUCACAAGAAGCGACAUCGCCAGGAUCAUCAGGCGGGAGGAACUAACAAGGGCCUCUGCAACUGGCUCCUGACACCGUUCUCCUGCACCUAUCCAGAGACUGAGGGUGAGAUCAGCGAUUUUUAGAAACAAAAAUGUUAAGAUACACCGCAUCCGAGUCCAAAAAAAAAACACCCACCAAAAAAAGAGAAAAUCCGAGCUAGUCCAGCAUUCAAAAUGGCCAAACACUGAACACAAACCAAAAAAGGAACAAAAAUAUCAUAAAGUUUUAGGUAAACGACUAGGAUGAAGGGUAGAAGGAUAGAAGAAUCUUUGAUAGCGACUGAUUAAAUUUUACUAGGCGACGGCUGCCACAACAAACAAAGAAAAACACAAACGAAAAACCAAACACAAGCAAAUGAAAGCGAAAUCUAAAACCAAAAAACACAUGCAAUUUUAAAGUAAUCUAAUACCUAACCCAAUUACCUAAAUAACUCAUAAUAACAAGCAUGGGUUUUCCAGCUAUUAAGACAGUGGAAAAUUCUGGUAAAAUCAGCAGGAAAAUGCUUAUAGAGAUUUAAUUUUCUUAAAUGGAAAACUGAAGAAGAGAAGAAGUAAACAUAUCUAUACUAGGGGAAAAGCAGAAAAUAUCGGUAUAUCGAAACUUUAAGAAUAUUUUAAAACGAUUUUUUAACGUUGCACAAUAUCAAAUUGAGAUAAAGACAUAAUAUUUUAGUUUUUACAAACGUAAAACUUCCUCCAAAUUUUUUUCAGAAUUUUAAAAUCAAGCAACUCCACUGUCUUAAGAGUUAUAAAACUAACUAUGCUAUAAAUCAAUCGAAUCAAUCACUCGACUCACUCACUCACUCACUAAAUACACGCAUAAGUUCAAACGGGGCUUUAAAUAUCUUAAGUUGCCAGCUAGCAUAAUGGAUUGGGGUAAUCGGAAUCGAAAUCGGGAUUAUAUGCCAUAUAAAGAAACUAACGGAAAUGGGACUCAAAAGCCCGCUGCUCUGUGAGAGCUAGACAAAGUUCUCGCCUGGAAACUGAUUAUCCCUAUUGUAUCUAUAAAUAUUGAACAUAAAAUAUAUAAAUUAACAUAAUCAGGCUACACAAUCACUAUGACUUUACAAUGCAGAGAUACAUCUAUAUACAUACACUAUAUAUACACUAUAUAUACAUGCAUAUAUCAUAUAUAUAGCUUAUAUUUAUUGUUUUAGUUUUGGGUUAUUUGUUCGGGCAGUCGAUUUAAGAUCAAGUAUGCUAAAUGUUGAAUGUUUGCUUAUUCAAACGAUUUAUUGCCAAUUAUAAGUUACCAAAUGUUUAAAUUAAUUGUUAGUUAGCUAAAGUUAUAUACACAAACACACACACACACACAUCUACUACUAAUCAUGAAGAGCGACAAGAACCACUGACUAUAAAAGCGAAAAGCUGGGAGAGGUUUUUUGCAAAGUAGACAAAUGUUAAACAUACAAUUUUGUUGCCAUUUUUGCCUAAAUAAACUAUGUUACAAAUAAAACGAAAAAUCGAACAAACGGAAGCAUAAGAAAAUUCAACACAAAAAAAAUAAAUAAAUUAUAUAUAUAUAUUUAUCAGAGAUACAUAUAAUAUACAUAAGGAGAGCGGCGAGAUUUUAAGGAAACUUAAUGCAUAUUCUAUAUAUAUAUAUAAACAUAUUAAUAUAAAUAAUAAUAAUGAAUGCAUGCAUGAAUGAAAGAAAGCCCGGAGGAUCUCUGGGUAUAGCUACAAAUUUUUGUGCCGCAUUUUUCGUUUCAUUUCGAAUAUCGAUCGUCAUUAACUAUAAUUAUUAUCGAGACAUUCCUUCAUUGCCUUUUAAGUCAGCGUAUCAUCAUCAGCAUAUAAAAUACAGCAAAAAGCGAAACAAUGUCUAAACACAACACUAAUUAUAUUGCAUUAUCCUCCAUACAUACUAUUUCGUACAAUUAUUAUUAUUCCACAAUUAUCAAGCGUAGUUAAUCACAACAUCCAAUCUCCCGCUCGUCUAUGCUUUAAAUUUUAAACAUAAUCACCUAAAAUCUAAACCCAUACCACCACACACUUCUUUCAAGCCCAAAAAAUUGCAAUGUGCAAAAUCCUGCAAAAACCCAAAACCUACAUAUAAUAUACACUCAUACAUACAUACAUACAUCUAUGAUGGAGUCGUCGACUUCGACGCUGA